CAUGACCACACUUGUACAGAACCACCCAGAGACAUGUACACACGUUCAGUCAAAUGAUCAGUCAACCCACUGCUGGCCCUGAUUGUUCACCACCUGACGCGCACAGAAGACAACGACAUCCAUCCAUCCAUCCAUCCAACCAUCAAUUCUCACAGUAACGUGACCACAUAACGUCGGGCAGAUGAGAAAGAAGGAGAGAGAACCAGGAAGAGAGAGGAUCACACACAGAAACACGGCACCGUGCGGCUCGCAGAAAGCAGCGCAGACAGACACAAAAUCAGUGCAGAGAAAAGAGCUGCACCGUAGAAAGCUGUGAGUGUCCACACAGCAUGGGGCGCCCCGCCUAUUUUAUGUAUCACAGCGCCCUCAUCAGUAGGGUGCAGCCUUUGCAGCCCCCCUCCUCUUGCCCUCGCCCGACAGCCGAACCACCUCCUCGAUGCGCCGCUCUCGUGUAGCCGCCCUCUUGGCCGACAGCACCCACUCAAGCGUACCCUAUACACAUACGCAUCGCAUGCACCGCACCACAGGCACACACGCCAGACAGAGGGUCAUGCAGACAAAGUGAAACGGAUGCAGUGCACCUCAGUACCAUCCAUACCCGUUUGUAUGACUUUGGGAACUUGUCCCAUGCUUCCUGUGCUUUGGGGUUCUCCUGCAUUGCCGCCGCGAGGUCGUCGGGUAGCGUCAGGGAGUCGGCGCCAUUCAGUGCAUCCCACUGACCAUUAUCCUUGGCGCAAUCGAUGGCUCCCUGGCCAGCCGGGGUCAUCUUGCCCUGUGCAAUGAGCUUCUGGACCCGCCGCUUGUUGAUGGCCGACCAGUUGGACCUGGGCCGCCUAGGAGAGAUCACACAGAGGUAGCUCUCGCUGUCCCACUUGGCCACUCGCGAGUCAAUCCAGCCGUAGCACAAAAGCUCAUCCACCGCCUCAUCGUAUGUCACGGAUGGGGUGCUGCUGGCCUUCUUGAACAGCCGCAGCCACACGCUGCUCUUCUGCUGGUGGUGUUCCUUAAGCCACCCUCGAAGGGCCUCUGCGCUGCUUGCAGUGACGAUUUGCAGCCCCUCGUGCUGUGUGGCCAUCAGCAGCAGGUCCGCGCGUCGCCUUGCAGGGGGAGGAAUCCGACGAGUGGGGACAGCAGUCAAGGCCGUGCUCCAGGCAAGGAAGCCGACGAUGAAUAGAGGUGGCGGUAGAGAUGAGGCGCCUCCUCUUGCUGCAGGAGUGGACGUCAAGGCAGGCGGAUCUUCCUGGGGCAUUCACGUCGAACGAUGUAACGACCUUCUGCAGCAUACCUGCACCAUCGCUCCCAUCCUUUCCG